UCUGUCAUACAGUUUAUUCAUUUUGUAAAUCAUUUCGACUUCAUUUCUUUUAAAAUAUGUAAUAAUAAUAAACAAACAUGAAGGAAAUGGGCAGAAUUCUUGUAUUAUACGGUAGCCAAACUUUCACAGCGCAAGAAAUCGCUGAGCGAGUAUGGAGAUCGUUAAAAUUACUGGGUUUCCGUGGGCCGGUACAACCCAUGGAUGACUAUCCCAUUUCCCGUUUGAUUCACGAAGAAUAUGCUAUAUUUGUGUGUGCUACGACUGGCCAGGGCGAUGAGCCGGAUAAUAUGAAGAAGUUUUGGAAAUUUCUACUAAGGAAAAGCCUUCCGGCUAACUCUUUAGUGCGCCUCAAAUUUGGUGUUCUUGGUUUGGGAGAUUCAUCCUACUCGAAGUUCAAUUUUGUCAGCAAGAAGCUACAAAAACGUUUAAUACAGUUAGGAGCUACGCCUCUCAUAGAUAUUGGCCUCUGUGACUACCAACAUGACCUCGGUCAUGAUGCCGUAUUACUACCAUGGCUGAAAGAAUACUUUGCAAUCAUUAAACAACACUAUCCGCACAUACAAACAGACAAAUUGGGAACCAACUUCAUUCCGCGAUGGAAAGUAUCUCUACUCAGAGACAAGAAAGAAAAUGAUGAACUUGUAGAGAAUAACACUGUAGAUAUUUAUUACGGAAAAGGGAUAAAAGAUAAUUAUUUAGAUGCGGUACUUUUUGCAGUCAACAAAAAUGAGAGGACAACAGAUGAAUCACAUUUUCAGGAUGUUAGAUUUUUGACAUUCCAAACAUUACAAGAUAGAAAAUUACAGUAUGUGCCAGGAGACAUUUUUAAUAUCAGACCGCGCAAUAGCAAAGAGGAUAUUGAUGAUCUUUUUGGUAUUUUUGAAACACACAACCUUGAUAUUAAACCACAUUACAAAUUAUUAGUUGAAGAAAGUUAUGAAGACAUGCCAGUGCCAGAUUACCUAAGGGAACCCCUAACGAUGUACGAAAUAGCGUCACAGUUCUGGGACCUCAACGCGUACCCGACGCAAUACGUCUUCUCUCUUCUAGCUUUGGUAUCCGAUGAUAAGCUAGAGAGAGACAAAUGCAUCGAGCUGAGCUCGCCUGAGGGUCAGGAAGAUUGGCUCAAUUAUUGCAGGAGGCCUAAACGGACUAUUUUAGAGGUACUACACGACUUCCACAGAUCAGCAUCAAAACUAACAAUAGAUGUGCUCUUCGAGUUAUUUUCAUCAAUAAAGCCUCGUUCCUUCUCAAUCGCCUCCAGCUGUUUGCCCAGCAGUGGCCAAGUGGACCUGCUAGUAGCCGUGGUCAAGUAUUACAGUAAGCUUAAGAAGCCAAGACUGGGCCUGACCUCGAAUUGGUUGAAAGAUUUGCAAAUUGGCGAUAAAGUUUUCGGAUGGAUCAAAAAAGGGACGUUCAAGUUUCCUGUGGAUUUGAAAAUACCACAUAUUCUAAUCGGUCCUGGUACUGGAAUUGCGCCCUUCCGCAGUUUAUUACAAGAACGAGAUUACAACAACACGUUGGACAAAAACAUUAUGCACCUUUUCUUCGGCUGUCGGUAUAAGAACAAGGAUUUCCACUGCAGAGAAGAGUUAGAGAAGUGGGAAAGAGAUGGAAAACUCUCAUUGUAUUGCGCUUUCUCUAGAGAUCAGGAGGACAAAGUAUACGUACAACACAAAAUAGUAGAAAACGCGGACCUACUAUGGCGACUCAUAAACGGCGAGAAAGCGUCUAUUUUUAUAUCUGGCAACUCCAAAAACAUGCCCGACAACGUGCGAGAGGCGUUUAUAGAUGUUUUUCUGAAGGCCGGCUUGGCUGAAGUCGAAGCUAAACAGUUGAUGAAGGAUCUAGAAGGUUCUGGCAGGUUGCAGGUGGAGACUUGGUAGUUAGCUUUCAAUUAAUUUUCCUAACAGUAGUACAAUUUAUAAGUCUGCGCAAGCGCAACCUACCGCCGAAUCAAACCGAAUGAAAACUCAAUAGAAUAACGACCUUAUUACAAGUACAUUAAACUUGAAAUCCUAAAUGUCUCGUGCUGUCUCGCUCAUAAUAGCGGACAGUUCAGUUAGCGGGUUAAAAUUGCGCGCUCUGAUUGGCUCAACCGCUCAAAUAUUUUCGAUGUAACUUCUAAGGCCCAGGUGUGAUAUGAGUUUUAAAUAACAGGUUUCUAAUGACUUGGUUAACGGUGUUGAGACAUGUUUAUUAUUUGGGAAUGUAAUUCCAGAAAUGGGUUCCUAUAGGAAACAGUGCUACAGGUACCUUAUCCAUUUCACGAGAAAAUUACAGGAAAACUUAUUUCAAUAUAGGUAGGUACAUCAAUUUCUUACGUAAAAAGGAAAAGAAUAAGUGUUCCCAAUUAUGUUAAUUUUCCAUUAAAUUUCAACCUGGCGCACGUCCUCUUUAAAUAUUCUUCCUCUCUCUCAUCUUUGCGUGUCCCCAGUUGCACCCUCCACCGCCAUACUUCGGGCCCAGGGUCCGCUUUUGACCUUUAUAUCUGCCCCUCUCUGAUAUAUAAUGCUGGCUAGUUGACAUAUCUUCUUGUUGGCGUGUCGAUAUUAUGACUGGACAUCCAGUUUACAAUGGAAGGAUAGGCAGUAGCCAGUAGCUGUACAUGGUGGAAUUGGGGUAAUAAUCGACUUGACAUCACUUUUUCUUCUGCCUACCUCUUCUAUCUGGGCCCAACGCAGAUCAAUUCAACAUUUAUGACCAGGAUAUAAAAUAUCCUAUAGUCAGAUCUUGUAUUAAAUUUAAGGAAAAUUUCAUCAAAAUUUGUUAAUCAGUUUCGAGAAUUUUUGUUCUAAUGAGUUUUGCAAUAACAAACAUACAAUUUAUUCGUUUUAUGUAAGUUAUAUUUAUUAAUAUUGAUGAAGAUAUUAUUGAUAGUACAAAGUCUUUUAAAAAUGUUUAAGAAUGACACCUAUCGGCGAAUAUAAGAACUAAGUAUUUGUUAACGGGUUAAGAUGCUAUUUUAGUAGAGAAAUUAUUAUUUUUUGGUGUAUUUUGUGUAAUUUAAAAAAAAACUGAAUUGUGAUUUUAAUUAAUAAUGAAUAUGUGCAUUUUAUAAAUGCACUAAAAGUUGUAAUCAACACAAUUUAGUGAAUAAAAUAAAACAAAGUAAUGGCUGAG